AUGAGGGCGACGGGGCGGGCGAAAGAGCGGACGCCCGUGCGCGAGGCCGCGACGGCGCCGGCCGCUGCCGGUGAUCAACGGCGCGUUGGCGGGCGGUUUUGGGCGCUAGCCGAUUCCGACGACGACGACGCGGACGACGAUGGGGAUGCGUCCCCGGCGGAGUCGCCGCCCUCACCGACACCUUCGGAUCUUAUUUGUGAAUUUUUUCACUCAGGUUAUAACGAGGAUGAAGUAGCAACGACGUUUGAUCGAGUACUCCCAUCGGACGAUCCGGCGCGCAUCGGUCUUCACGCGGGCGAGAGGAACGAGAUGAUCCGACGGGUUGUUCAUCGGAGGACGGCGGCGUUGGCGCUCAGACCUUGGAAGGGUCCCUUACCUAAGGUUAUUUUCCGAGCCACGACACUGAUCCGUUCGUGGUCGUUACUCACUCAGACGGAGGCCAGGGAGCAUUUGGUUACUGGAUCUCUCCGCUGGGAGAUGGUAGCUCGGGAUAUCUUCAACCGGUUUGGAUGGCGGUCAUGUAAUAGGAUAGGCAAUUAGUUUACCUAUCUAUCUUUAGCUAGCCGGUUGUGGCAUCUUUUCUUGGCUAGUUGGUGUUUCUAGCCCUUUUAGCUCUGUGUGAGCUUUCCUUUUUAUUUUGUCAGUUGGAGACUUUGGAACCUUGUUGGAACCUGUUUAUUUGGUUAAUAAGAUGGCCGUAUGCAUCACUCUGAUGCAGAGGCCGGGGAGCCCC